AUAAUAAUAAUUAUGAAACGAUAUAGAAAAUUUUUAUUGCUAAUAAUGAUAACGAUGAUGAUGAUUUGUUCAUUGGUUUUUUCAUUCAAAUUAACACCUCAUAGCGAAUCAUCUCAAAAAAACAAAAGACGCGAUUUACAUAGUGAAGUAAAUAUACAAUAUGAAGAUGAUAAUGGAAUGCCGGAUAAUUAUUUUCCUCCCAGAAGGAUAGUAACAAGAAGAACAACAAGAAGAUCAGCCAAAGAAGUAGAAGUACCAAUAACAAGAAAAUAUUAUUCUACAACAGGAAAAAUUGAAAGAACAGUAAAAUCAAAUAAAACUAAUGAUGAAGAUGAUAAGAAAAAACCACAAACAAUAGAUUAUCAUUUUAGUGAAAAGGAUUUAAAAAUUCAAGAAUCAAUAUUAUCAAAAGUAUGGAUGCAAAUCAUAAUAACAUCAACAUCAUUAUUAUUUUUUGUAAUGUUUAUGAUGGGUGUUGCUGUUUUAUGUCAGAAAUAUUUUCAAAAUGAACAGGAAAAAACACUGAAUCAAAUGCCGAAUUCCGAAACAGAAGAAAAUAGUGUUGAUAAUAAUGAUAUGAAAAAAAAGAAAAAAAAAUCAAAACCAAAAUCAACAUCAUCAACUUCGUCAUCGCCAUGGUCAUCAUCGCGGCCAAAAAAAAAUCGUAAAAAACGAUCAUCAAAAAAAUCAUCCAAAACUGGAGAAAAUUCAUCCGAAAAUCAACAAAAAACAUCAAUAGGUGGUUAUCCACAACAUGAUGGUCAAAAUCUUACAUUAUCAUUGAAAUCUAAAUCAAAAUCGAAAUCGAAAUCGAAAUCGAAAUCGAAAUCUAAGUCAAAGUCGAAAUCGAAAUCGAAAUCCAAAUCUAAAUCUAAAUCUAAAUCGAAAUCUAAAUCUAAAUCCAAAUCCAAAUCCACAUUCAAUACAUUCAAAUCAAAUGAUCUAUUGCAGGUGAAAUCAGAUUCAUCACCAUCAUCACCAUCAACAAAUAUGAUUUGUUUACCGAUAAUGAUACCACCGAAUUCGGCAAAUGCACCACGUAUAUUGACUACAUCAUCAUCAUCAUUAUCUUUAUUACAAUCAAAAGAAAAUAUUGAUGAAAAAGUAAUAAAAGAUCUGGUUCUACGACGAAAACAUGAUGAUAGUCUUUCAGAAAGCAGUUUUAUUCUGGAUAAUCAUAGACAAAAUGAUGCAAAAACAUUAUCAUCAUCACGUUCUUCAAGCAUUGGACCACGUACACCGCAAAACAGUUCAUGAAUACAUGCAUUUUAGAUGCGCAAAAAAAAA